GAGUCGAAGUGGUUAUAUGAAAUCAGUGCUACAUACGUCGGCGUCGCUUGCGUUUUAGGGCUGGUCAGUUAUUUGUUACUAAUAAUAAUUAUACGUUAAUUGAACGUGAACAGCCGUGCAGGUGUGACUACGAUUGGGAAUCGCGAUAUAUAUUUUUCUGUUUGGACAGUUACUAAAUUUAUAACAUAAAAGCUAUCGAGUAACGCAGGGUUGGGCUCCACGAUGAAGCUCUCCCUGGUUUUUGAACUACUUUUAAUUUUUGUGCUAAUAGCAUUUGCUGCCUCCAAAAAUAUCAAUAAACGGAAGAACAAUAAUAAAGGACUUCGUAAUAAAGACGAUGAUAUUAAAAUUGAAGAGAGUAGUCUAAACAGAUACUGCAAAUGCUCGGAAUCAUUGUGUAAUUGCUGCAGAGAUUUCGCGGUGCCGGUUGUUAAUUUGAACGGUCCAGGAUGUGCCUCACUAAUGUAUUUGACGGGGGACAAAAUGUCAAUAUCUCUGAGUUUUGGCAAGAAAGUGAUCACAAAUCGGACCGUUGCCAGCCGUAAGCCGAGUCCAGUCUGCAUGCCUCUACCGGGAGGCGUAUCGAAAUUUUGUGGACGUGUUUACAAUAUCGCAAGAACAGGAGAAGAUUUCCGCGCAUGCCUCGGAUUAGAAUUGCAAGCUAAAAGCACUGUCGAAGCUGCAGUCAGAGUAUCCUGCUUUAAAUUCGGCCCACGAGGUGUCACAUCUGAACCAGCUGACCCUUUGCCAUUGGUUCCUCAAGAAGAAACGGAGACGGAGGAUGAUGACGACGAUGAUGAUGAUGAUGAAGACGACUUCGGUCUCGGCGCCGAUGAUGACGAUGAUGAGGUUGAGGAUGAUGAUGAUGAUGACGACGGUGAAAUAGAUGCCGUCAACGAUGUCGAUACUGCGGAUUAUACAGGUUUUAGUCUUUUAGGAGAAGACUUAUUAGGAGACCUGUUUGGAUCAUCCGGCGGUAAAAAGCCCAAUAAAAAUAGAAAUAAACAAGCCCCAACUUCUUCUACUUCUACCACUACCCGUCGACCAAGACCCAACCGUCGCACUACUAGAAGACCAAAUACUAGAACUACACCAAGACCAGUAACGAGAACAACCACUGUAAGAGUCAGGCCUAUCAAUAGGCGUCCAACACGAAGACCAGGAAGAAGGCCUACUCGACGACCAACUGCAGGUACUACUAGUGCAGACAGUUUUCCCGAAUCAAGCAUUUCCACUGCUUCCGAUUCUAUAUCUGCAAGUUCUGAAAUGCAAGACAGUCACACAUCAACUACAGUAGGUGUUCAAAGCUCCCCAGCCAGCAUGGAAAAUAUUGAAAUGAACGACAAAAUUGUUCCUAUUAAUGAUAAAACUCCAUUAACCAUUGCGGCGACCACACCGAUUACUGCAACGAGUUUUGAAGAUUCUGGUCUAGAAAUGUCAUUAGCUCAUAUUACAGGUCAACUUUCUGUGAUGCCUGUAACCCAAAUCAUUCCCACUUUGUCAAAAGAGGAAACCAAAUCUAGUGAAGAGCAAACUUAUGAGAAAGUUCAAACUAUAACACCCAAACCUCACUCAACUAUCCCAUUUGCCACAGUAGUUGAUGACGAUGAAGUAAAAGAAGAUAUGGUACAGAUUGUACAGAGUCUUGAUUCUCAUUCUGCCGAACAUGAAGCUGACAAAGAAGGAGAUGUAGAUGAAAGUCGCGGUCACAAUCAUUUUCCUAACCAUCAUUAUGAAGGACUGGUUUUACCGAAGAAGAAACACAGAGGUGAACAAUUUGAUUUGGAAGACUUAGACGUGCUUGAUUUAACUAAAAUUGGUGAAAGUGUCGGACACCAGCUAGGUAUUUUUGGCCGCCAUAAAAGGCAGAACAAAAAUAAAGACAACAAAACUCAUAAACAUAAAAAGCAACAUAACAAUGAUUAUGGUGAUGUCCUUGGAAUUGAUGCUCUCAAUGAAAGCUUAGGGUUACCCGAUAUCGAAGUUGGAAGAAGAAGAAGUAGCAGGAGGCAAAAUAAAAUGAUGCGUGGGGAAUGGUCUCAGAAAUAAAGAGGAUUUGAAUAAGUAAUUUAUGAUGUAAGCUUAUUUAUUUAUUUUAAAUUAUUCGUUUC